CAGUGCUGCUGAGUGAGGGAGCGGGGACUGCAAGCGGCUGGGCUGCACACGCACGCGGAUGCACACGGACCUCGACACGGACACGGACAUGGACACAGACACAGAAACCACAGCACUCUGCCCCUCCGGCAGCCACCAGGCCUCCCCCCCCGGGACGCCCAUACCAGAAACAGAUGCCACACUGCUGAAGAAGCCAGAGAAGCUGUUGGCAGGGUUGGACCGGGGUGGGCCACCACCGGCCCCAGGGGCACCCAGACGAAGAGGCAGUAUGCCUGUUCCCUACAAGCACCAGCUGCAGCGUGCCCAAGCUAUAGAUGAACUUGACUGGCCACCUCAAGCCUCAUCCUCUGGCUCCUCUGACUCCUUGGGCUCGGGGGAGGCAGCCCCCACCGAACAAGAUGGCAUCUUCAAGGUCAUGCUGGUAGGGGAGAGCGGCGUGGGCAAGAGCACCCUAGCAGGCACUUUCGGCGGUCUCCAGGGAGAUAGUGCUCAUGAGCCAGAGAACCCAGCAGAGGAUACCUAUGAAAGACGCAUCAUGGUGGAUAAGGAGGAAGUGACUCUAAUUGUUUAUGACAUCUGGGAACAGGGGGACGCAGGGGGGUGGCUGCGGGACCACUGCCUUCAGACCGGGGAUGCCUUUCUCAUCGUCUUCUCAGUCACCGACCGACGAAGCUUCUCCAAAGUUCCAGAGACCCUACUUCGGCUCCGGGCUGAGAGGCCCCACCACGACCUCCCUGUCAUCCUCGUUGGAAACAAGAGCGACCUAGCCCGCUCGCGGGAGGUCUCACUGGAGGAGGGCCGCCACCUGGCAGGGACACUGAGCUGCAAGCACAUCGAGACGUCGGCGGCGCUGCACCACAACACGCGGGAGCUCUUCGAGGGCGCGGUGCGCCAGAUCCGGCUGCGGCGGGGCCGGAGCCGUGCCGGGGGCCCGCGGCCCGAGUGGGGCAGCCCCGACGGCCCCGCGCCGCCCGCGCGCCGCGAGAGCCUCACCAAGAAGGCCAAGCGCUUCCUUGCCAACCUGGUGCCGCGCAACGCCAAGUUCUUCAAGCAGCGCUCCAGGUCGUGUCACGACCUCUCCGUGCUCUGAGCCGCGGUCGUCAUGGCCACCGCGGUCGUCAUGGUCACCGCGCCCUCAGCUCACCCCUUCACCCCGCCCCGCCCCCGUCCGGCUUCCUUUGUGAAGACCGUCUAGGAAACCAAAAAGUCCGUGGGCGCGCGGGUGUGGCCGCGGGGGGCGGGCCCCCUGCCCCCAGCCCCUGGUGGGCGUCGCCCCCAGCCCUGCCACCACGCGCGCGCGUGCCCUGGCUACCUCCCCGCCCAAGAGCGCCUAGAAGGCGAGGACGCAGACCUGCGGGCGGGCACGCUGCGGUCGGCGAGCGAGGCGGCUUCUGACGGGCAGGAGGGGAUAUAGUUCCGUGAGCUACUUUGACUUUUAUUAAGUCGCGCUUGACCACCUCUCCUGUAAAGAGACCCUAAAAGUGAGAACUGGAAAAGUGCUUGGUAGACCCCUUUACAGUUCUCUGCGCGAACACGCCUCAUCUUUAAGACAUCCUUAAAGGUAAAAACACUGGAGACGCUUCGUUGAGACUUUUCCCAAAACGUGCUGGCUCUUAUCUGCUGCACUUGUCCACUUUGCC